UCCGGGAACAUGGCCGGCUAAACAAUGACAAAAGUCUCUCUCCUCAAAAUCAAGAAGAAACUUUUCGAAAUGCAAACUACUUGGCUUAACAAAAGUGUUUUAAUUCAGUGCGUGCAAUUUGUUCGUUUAUUUGGUUUACUUCUGCAUGCAUGUUGUUUAAGGUGAUGUUUGAGUCGGACUAACUUGGCUAUCUUGCCAGUGAAGGUAGCCAACUUUUCACAUUCAGCAGAAUUUGUCAAAUGCGACGUGGCUUACAUGUCAACAUAGCUAGGAACAUAAGUAUUGCUAUUGGCUGCUACACUUGAAGCCCGCAACUGAUUUAUUAAGUUCCACGAUCGACACGUUGCAGUGCUGGCUUGUGUAACGUAGAUGCGUUUGUUAUUUUUAUCGGGGUGUCUCGUUGGUUGAUUGCUAUGUUUUCGCAGCUGCGUACAGCUGUCUAGCUAGCUUGAUUGACAUUAAUUUCAAUGGCUCACUGUAGUUCAGAUUCAAGUGGGAAGGUACCCCGUCCAGAUAGCUUAGUGUUGAUGGCAGGAUCUCCUGGAAGCGUUGAUCAGGCUAUGAAGCCGGUGUUGUUUGAAAUAUUUGGAGAGUUUUGGAACGUCCAGACCCGGCUAGGGCGAGGCGUCUCGGCCUCAGUAUACCGUGUGAGCUCGGGGAGGGCGAGUACGGCCGCGGUUAAGGAGUUCCAGGCUGACACUCAGAGUGGAGAUUACGGGUACCAAAAGGAGAGGUCCGUGCUGGAAGACAUACAAGGACACAAAAACAUCGUAACGCUGUACGGGGUGUUCACCAACCGCAGCCAGUUGGGUGUGGCCACGCACUGCCUGCUGCUUGAGCUGCUGGACGUCAGUGUGUCUGAGCUGCUUGUGAGGGCCAGUACCCAAAGCCGAGCCUGCAGCCCCCAGUGUGGUGGUUCCCAGAAGCAGGGCCACUCCAUGUGGCUGGUGCAGCACUGUGCCAGGGACGUCCUGGAGGCCCUUGCCUUCCUCCAUAGAGAGGGCUAUGUUCAUGCCGACCUCAAGCCCCGCAAUGUGCUCUGGAGCGCGGACGAUGAGUGCUUCAAACUCAUCGACUUUGGCCUCAGCUUCAAAGAGGGCAACCAGGAUGUGAAAUACAUCCAGACAGAUGGGUACCGUGCCCCGGAGGCUGAGCAUCAAUACUCCCUGGCCCAGGCGGGGAUGGAGGUGGGUGGUGACUCUGGCUGCUCGGCCGCUGUGGACCUCUGGAGCUUGGCAAUCGUCCUGUUGGAGAUGUACUCAGGCAUCAAACUCAAAGACACCGUCAGGACACCCGAGUGGAAGGACAACAGUGCAGCAAUAGUCGACCAGAUCUUUGCCAGUAACAGUGUGGUGGUUCCUGCCAUCCCUGUCUAUCACCUCAGAGACCUUAUCAAAAGUAUGCUUCACAACAACCCCAAGCACAGAGGCACAGCCGAGAAGGCCCUGCUUAGCCCCUUCUUCAGCAUUCCUUUUGCUCCUCACAUAGAAGACUUGGUUCUGCUUCCCUCUCCUGUUCUGCGCCUGCUCAACCUGAUUGAUGACGGCCACCUGCACAAUGAGGAGGAGUAUGAAGACAUCUUGGAGGACAUGACGGAGGAGUGUCAGAAGUAUGGCUCUGUGGUCUCUUUGCUCAUCCCCAAGGAGAACCCAGGCAAAGGACAGGUGUUUGUAGAAUACGCUAACGCAGGCGACUCCAAAGAGGCCCAGAGACUGCUGACGGGACGGACCUUUGACGGGAAGUUUGUCGUUGCCACGUUCUACCCCCGGAGUGCUUACAAAAGAGGCUAUCUGUACCAGACCGUGCAGUGAACACACACACACACACACACACACCGUCUGCUGAAGAGCACAGGCCUAGGCCUCAGUCAGUCACUGUCAUGAUGUGUAUAGUCAUAUCAGAUCACCACUCUGCUUUCUGCAGCCUCUAGAGCCAGAGUUAACCUAGUGUGUCCUGUAGCUUUACUGUAUGUAGCAACAGUCUGCGAAAGGAAAGAUUUGUAUAAUCCAAUCUUCCAUGUCCUGCUAUGGGGAUGUAUACUGCUGGAUGCUAUGGUUGACAGAUUCAGAUGGGUCAUAUGUUUAUCAUAGCUGGCUUGACUUUUGAUAAUGGAUCCUCACUGGCCAAAACUGCACACUGUCCCACUUUGCACACUGUGCUGAUGUCAAACCCUGAACAAAAUAAUUACUUGAUGUCCACCGAUCUUGAAGAGCACAAGUACAGUACCAAGUACCCUAUGGGUUUCGUAAACCCAGCAAGCAGUUUGGAUUGAAUAGGGCCCUAGUUUUGUCUGUACGCAACAGCUUGAAUAUCCUAUAUUUAUUAGUGUAAUUGAAACCGUUCCUGAUAGAUUGAUCUUGGGUCUCUCUUGUUAAAAGCUGAGCCACAAUUUCAUCUUGUCCAAAGUUACCUUCCCAUUACCUAUUUUUCUAUGAGAUGUUUGUUUUGAGACUUGAAUUCCAAAGGUACCACUCCAGAUCAUCAGUAGAAUCACGCUGAGUUCUAGAACGUUCUGAGCCUAAACUCCAUCCACUCAACGUCAGCACUUUUCUGUGGUACAUGAAAAAUAUAAAUAUUUCUAAUUUCUACCUUAUAUACUAUUAUUACAUUUUGUCCAAGUUGACCCAUAUACUACUUAUACUCCAGAAUGGCUGCGCUGAUGUGAGUGGAAGUUAACAGUUUUUUUCCCCGAUAUGUUAUGAAAGGAAUGGGUUAUUUCCUUAGCACUGUACGAUACAAAGCAACAAGUUUACUUUACGUUCAGAACCCAUGCAUAGGGUUUUCACAGUUGAAUAUUUCAGUUGGAAGAGCAUUCGAGCUGACCCUUUCGUAAAACAGUAACCGACUGUCAGUUCUACCUGACGUCUGUGAGUUAGUCUACAUGACAAACCAAUGUGUGAGCGCUGUGCUAGUGUAGGUAUUUGUUGAUUAUGGUGAGAUUAUAGAUUAAUCCAAUACUGCAGAGUUUUGUAUCCUAUGUUGUGUGCGGGGGAUGUUGAAAUUAACUUAUCAGUUCAUUGCAUGCAACAUUGUUAUGUUAGGGGCAGUAUUUAUUCAGACAGUCUUCCCCUUGUCUGUCUGCUGCUCAUAUUCAGUCCAAUAACAUUGAAUCUUAAGCGUAAAUCAUAGUCCACAAACGCUGAGACUCGAUAGUCCGGCAUCCCAUUGUGACAUAGCGAUGCAGCUCUGAAACACCGUCUGUGGGGGGACACAGCCCGAGCGCUCACCACCCCACAAUUCCCAGCCAACACGGCUAUUCAUUUGAAUGUGUUCACAGUUGGCGAAAAUGCUUGUGCUGCCCUGAGAAUUCUAAAAGUAUGAAAGCCAAGGGUCCAAUAUUCUAGAACACUGCUGUGCAUACACGUACACAUUUUGGACUAUGAUGGACGCUUCAGGUUGGGCACAGAUGCUUCUGAAUGAGUUGGCUGGCAUUGAACAGGCUAAAGCUCCGUCCUGCCUGCCCAGCCUCUCCAGAUGUUUGAGAAAGAGACCAUAUAUUAACAUGAGCAGAAACAACAUUCUGGAUAUUCUGCAAUUUACUCCAUUUGUAACUAACACUUCCAGUCAACUGGCGCCAUGUGAUAACUGUCAAGGCUGAUUGAGACAUUGUUGACAACAUCCUGCCUAAAUGUGAAAGCACUGACCAGGACUUAUGGGUGACCGGUCAUAACAUCGAUAUGUGAGGUUAUCCCAUACCAAAUGUAGUCCACUGCCUUAGCUGCCUUCUCUGUGUUAUCUAGUCUAACACUGUAAUGUUGCCAUUUAGUUUCAGCACACUGUCCCUUCAGUGUGUUAUUCAAAGUAGAUCCCAAUGAAAGCCUUCAUAGUUUCCUUCCUGAUCUCCACAACCAUGGCGCAUGAUGAUGACAUUUCUUUAUGCAAAAAUUCAGGGAGCUUCUUUGUUUUUUGUUUACACUUUGGGUCAGUUAUCCUAAUACAGUGUCUGUUUCUUUACUUCUAUGUCUUCUGAUAUACUCAUAUGAAAACAUUCUAUGUAUCUGAUAAAGCUUUUAGAUUGCUGUAAUGGAUUUGUGGGCGAGGUGGUAUCUGGUGUUAGCCCAUAGCUAGCAAGAUUCACAAACUUCUAUAUGAUAUUUGUUAGCAGCGAGUUUCCCUGGUUUCAGGGAAAACCAGUACAACUACAUAGGUACAGACACUACAUGAGAAGGAGAGCGACAGUAACAGAGAGAGAGGGAGCUGUGCUGUAAGUCCGAGUACAUACAGUUGAAGUCGGAAGUUUACAUACACCUUAGCCAAAUACAUUUAAACUCCGUUUUUCAACAUUUCUGACAUUUAAUCCUAGUAAAAAAUGUCCUGUCUUAGGUCAGUUAGGAUCACCACUUGAUUUUAAGAAUGUGAAAUGUCAGAAUAAUAGUUGAGAAUUACUUAUUUCUGUUUUUAUUUCUUUCAUCACAUUCCAAGUGGGUCAGAAGUUUACAUACACAAUUAGUAUUUGGUAGCACUGCCUUUACAUUGUUUAACUAGGGUCAAAUGUUUCAGGUAGCCUUCCACAAGCUUCCUACUAUAAGAUGGGUGCAUUUUGUCCCAUUCCUCCUGACAGAGCUGGUGUAACUGAGUCAGGUUUGUAGGGCUCCUUGCUCGCACAUGCUUUUUCAGUUCUUCCCACAAAUUUUCUAUAGGAUUGAGGUCAGGGCUUUGUGAAGGCCACUCCAAUACCUUGACUUUGUUGUCCUUAAGCCAUUUUGCCACAACUUUGGAAGUAUGCUUGGGGGUCAUUGUCCAUUUGGAAGACCCAUUUGCGAACAAGCUUUAACUUCCUGACUGAUGUUGCUUCAAUAUAUCAACAUCAUUUUCCACCCUCAUGAUGCCAUCUAUUUUGUGACUUGCAGCAAAGCACCCCUACAACAUGAUGCUGCCACCCCACUGCUUCACGGUUGGGAUGGUGUUCUUCGGCUUGCAAGCCUCCCCCUUUUUCCUUCAAACAUAACGAUGGUCAUCAUGGCCAAACAGUUGUAUUUUUUUUCUUCUUCAGACCAGAGGACAUUUCUCCAAAAAGUACGAUCUUUGUCCCCAUGUGCAGUUGCAAACCGUAGUCUGGCUUUUUUAUGGUGGUUUUGGAGCAGUGGCUUCUUCCUUGCUGAGCGGCCUUUCAGUUUAUGUCGAUAUAGGACUCGUUUUACUAUGGGUAUAGAUACUUUGUACCUGUUUCCUCCAGCAUCUUCACAGGGUCCUUUGCUGUUAUUCUGGGAUUGAUUUGCACUUUUCACACAAAAGUACGUUAAUCUCUAGGAGACAGAACGUGUCUCCUUCCUGAGCAGUAUGACUGCUGCGUGGUCCCAUGGUGUUUAUACUUGUGUACUAUUGUUUUGUACAGAUGAACGUGGUACCUUCAAGCUUUUGGAAAUUUCUCCCAAAGAGGAUCCAGAUUUGUGGAGGUCUACAACGCUUUUUCUGAGGUCUUGGCUGAUUUUUCUUUUGAUUUUCCCAUGAUGUCAAGCAAAGAGGCACAGAGUUUGAAGGUAGGCCUUGAAAUAUAUCCACAGGUACACCUCCAAUUGACUCGAAUGAUGUAAAUUAGCUUAUCAGAAGCUUCUAAAGCCAUGACAUAAUUUUCCAAGUUGUUUAAAGGCACAGUCAACUUAGUAUAUGUAAACUUCUAAUCUACUGGAAUUGUGAUGCAGUGAAUUAUAAAUGAAAUAAUCGGUCUGUUAACAAUUGUUGGAAAAAUUACUUGCGUCAUGCACAAAGUAGAUAUCCUAACAGUCUUUUGUUAACAAGAAAUUUGUGGUUGAAAAAUAAGUUUUUUUUUUUCAAUUGUUUAAGCACAAUUUUGAAAACGGGGCCCAUAUACCCAAAUCAGUCAACAUGGAGAAUCACAACAAAACAUGUCCCAGUUUUCAUGCUACUACAGUAGUGUGCAUAACACUGUUAGCUCGGCAAACAACGGACAAAUGUAAAAUACUGUAUCCAGUACAGGUUACAAUUACAGUAAAUAACAACCAACAUAAAAAAAUCAUCUAAACUGACAAUAUUGUACAGAAAAUACUACAGUAAACAUACUAUACAUUCUCUUCGCCUAGCUGAAUCUGGCCAGAGAAUUUCAUCAACAUCACAAGCAAUAUCAUCAUUAGCAAGACAAUGCGGGAAGAACCAUCUUGAAUGUCGAAUCCAUCCUUGCACAGCUGCGGCGUCCACUUGGUCACGGGCGUCCUCCAUGGCCUGAAUGAGGGGUACCUGAGCCUGGGAUUGUAAACCUUCCACCGCCAUGCAGAGAAACUCUUCGAUAGGGUUUAGAAAUGGAGAGUAUGGUAGAAGGUAUAGUACUGUCAACUGGAUGGUGUUGAAACAAGUUCUGGACCAAAGCAGAGCGGUGGAAUGACACAUUGUCCCAGAUGACCGUGUAGUGCAUCUGGUGUAUUUCAUUACCUGCUGGGACGAUGUGGUGCAAUCGGUCCAAAAAUGUGAGAAUGUGAGGUGUGUUGUAAGGGACCGUUUUGGCAUGACGGAGGACAACUCCAUGCUGUGAAAUGGCAGCGCAAAGGGUGAUGUUGCCCUGGGACAUUGAUUAUAGCCUUGUGGCCAAUGAUAUUUCUGCCUCUCCUUGCUUUUGUGAGGUUGAACCCUGCCUCAUCAAUAUAUAUGAAUUCAUGCAGGAUUUCCUCUGCGUCCAUCUGCGAAACUCCCCGAAAUACAGUGAAAGACAAGAUUGUGUAGUUCAGGAUAGGUCUAGUUUUCAGUCAAUGUAAAAAAAAGUUGUGUGCAGUAUGCAACAUCACAGUGCUAAAGUGAACAAUACAAACCUCCACAUACUCAAUGCUGCAGCUGUUUGACCCUCUCUGAAUUCGCUCAAAAGGCACUCGAUAAAGUUGUUUCAUUUGAACCUGAUGUCUUUCCUUGAUGCGUGCCAGUGUUGACUGAGAGACCUGAUGGACAUUAUUGAAAAUGGCAUGGUUACCGAUAAUGUUGGCUUAUAGUUCUGAGCCUGAUGGCAUUAUUGGCCAAAACCAUGUUUAUUAUCUCUCUUGUUCUUGCAUGAAUAUGGGCCCCCUUCCUCCUUGUCGUUCCUGACCCCCAAUCCUAUGUAGAGAAUAAUACAUGUAACUUACUGUACAAUGUCACAGGAAGGGGUAUCACAAGUCCUGAUAUGGUGCUGACAAUAAGCAGCUGAUUACUGUAACUGUUACUGUAGACAGAUCUUUUACCUGUUUUCCUGUCAAAGUCCUUAUGACAGAUGCCACUGUAUAUCUGCUAAGAUUUGUCUGAACUCUCAGUCCAGCCUCCCUCAGCGUCAAUCCGUGGUUCACAACAUGGUCCACUAGUGUUGCACGAAUGUCAUUUGAUGAGUUUCGUCCUCUUCUUUGUGCACGUUCUCCUCCUGCUUCAGGUCUUCCUCGACCUCUGGCUCGGCCUCUGCCUCUUCCUCUACUUCCUUCUCCUCCUCCGUGUACUCCUCCUCCGUGUACUCCUCCUCUCACCCUCACUCUUCUUCUGACUCCUUCCAUUUUGGUUGAAGACAGGUGAACCUACCUGCUGCAUUUUUAUAGUGCUUAAACCUGAUUAGUGCGUCUACAAUUCAGCAAUCAUGUGUUUGCACCUGAUGGCUGUGUUUAACAGAUUGGCUCAUAGGUGUGGUAAUUUGAUAGUGACAGGAUAGGAGUGACAUGAUAUACUUCUGUGUCUGAUGUAUACAAGGGUGUUUAGUGUUUUGCAAAUCACUGUGUAAUGUUUUGCAAAUAGUGUGAAGCUGACAAUGUGCUUACAGUUAUGCAAAUCUAACUUUGUGUUUUGCUCCUUGAGUGUAAGGUUUUGCUAAUUGUGGGAAAAGUUCAAUUUAGAGUGUAAGCAAUCGUAAAAAACGAAUGACUCCAACCUACGUGUAUGUGAACUUCUGACUUCAACUGUACCAUGCUGCUUUGAGCUCGAGACUUUCUUUAGGCCACAGACUAUUCUCAUCUCUAGUUAGCUGUUUCAUAUCCCGGGGCUGUGUCGGUAAGACUAAAAAGCUUCCUAGCUAAGUAGUACUGUACGCUCUUGAAUAAAAUAUCCCAGUUUACGGCCUAACUCCAUAUUGAGAGAAGGCAGAAUUAUUGUGUAACUUUCUUUUGGAAAGUUUUUUUGUGUUACUCUGAAGUUUUAGAAUUGUCACUGAGCAUCCACCCGACCCAAAUCUAUUCAGUAAUGGAUGGAAGGAGUGACUGUUUGCAGACACCCGGGGCAAUCUGUGCUCGUCUGUCAGCCCUAUCUAUCACUGUUCUAUCCUGCUCCAGCUCUGACCUCUAACCCCCUGACCUGAUAGGCCAGUCCAGCAGAGGACCAGAGACUUGUUAAUAUGCAUAAAGCCCCUCUCCUUGGGAUUCUCAGACUCUGCCUAAUGGAGAGAAUGGCCUGGUCCUCAUCCAUAUACACACAGGCAGCCUUAUAUAUACACUUGGCUUUGAUGAUGAGGGGUCAAGGGGAGGCCGGGAGUGGGCUAGGGGGUAUUAGGCAAAUGAGGGGGAGGGAGGUCACUGGGUUAAUCUGUAUCAGUGAGGGGAGGCGAUAGCCUCCAAGCUGACAACACUCCAUCUCUCUUGUUCUCACUCUCAUUAGAAGUUAUUGUUGACCCAAGUUACUGCAGUAACACACAGGUAGGUAUAAAGGUUAGAGAGUAGAGUUUGUUCUUUAUAUUCAUUUCUAGUGGUUUGAAUGAGGGGAGGCUUCCUGCAUCCUCCCAGCUGGUUGUUGAUUAGCAUUAUGUUUCAUUCAGGUUUAUUAGCGAGAAGUGCACUUAAGCUUAUACAGGAACUCUGAACUCCACUGAAUUGAGCCCAACCAUGCUUUACAGCACUGAUUUAAAUGAAAGCAAAAUCUCAGUUCGAGCAAUAUAAUUUAGGACGCAGUCUCCAAAGACUACAGCACUGAUACCAAUGUGUUAUCAAUCAUGUCCCUUCCCCACUGAAAGACAAUCAUGAUGAUUAUCACUGUUGCCUUUUUUAUUUUUAGCAUCCUUUUGUCUCCUUUGGGUUUCAUGAAAGCCUACUCCAUUGAGCGGCUGGCAGCCCCCCUGUUACAAAGAACAACCGUGUCUCCAACACAACUUGAUCUGACGUGAAUAUUUCGCUCUGAGAAUCACUCCACUCACACUAACUGAUCUGGCAAAUCUGCAUUAUUAAAGGCACAUAUUAUGAGUAUGAAACGUGGUGUGUGUGUGAGAGAGACCAUGUAUUGCCUCACAGAACUCUGUUCUGAGAUUGACUAUACAUGUUCUUAUUGUCGUUUGCAUUAUCGCACAAUAAAGAACGCUUGACUUGA